CUGUGCAGCGUAUUGUAGCCACCAGACCAUCGGAGGAUCCUUUGCAUUUAUUCCGUUUCCCAUCCACGCUACAUUGCAAUAGUGUGUGUACCAUUUCUAUUUACCUUAUGCAUUAUGUCCCUAUGCCAGAUCGCUAUGCCGGUUCUGGCACAUGAGUGUGUUCUCGGUUACGUUAGUAUCGGUCAAUGUGCAGUUUUAUUUUUAUGGUUAUAUUCGCACGAAAAAGAAAACAAACCGCAAAAACAAGUCCGUCGUUGGCAAAUCUCAGCUUAUUAUACGUCCGACUCUGAAGCUACUUCUGUCGAAACAACUGCCGGUAGUAGUAUCGUAGUGACAAAGAUUUGAUAUUUUCUUAUCAGGUUUCAACUAGCUAUAAUAAAGUGACAUGUCGAUGGACCUCGAUCGUGACAGCCAUCAGCCUGAUAGUGAUGCCAUGGGUGUACCAAAAAUUGAGUCGCAAGCCGCUGCUGUUACCUUGAAGCAGUGCAAGAAGCUGUCGAAUGCCGCCCAGGAUCAAUACAUCAAGCUGCGAGGCCCCGACUCCACUGGAUCACCAUAUUCUGCCAAGCUGCGGUGCGGAGAUGCAUUUUGGAAAUUACAUGGCGAAGGAAGCUUAGUGACUAUUGGAUCGAACUAUUUGGCUCGAGUGUCCAUCGAAACCAUCCCUGAGUUGGAAGAUGCAAGUGAUUUCGAUUCAGCGAAGGAGCUACUGUUGACGCAUUUGCAAAUCGGCAAGGUGUUUUUGGAUGAACUCGAGAACGAAACCACCCAUGCCACUGAUUGUUUAAAAACGCAACUACAAAAUCUGGCAGUCGACUCUACUAUGAAUAAGAACAGUGCCGUUUGUUUGCUGGAGUUAUGGCGAAUUGCUGAAAAACAUAAUUUCAAAUUAUCCGCGGAGCUCGUUGCCGAAACCAACACGAACGAACUCAUUCAUAGCAAUCAACUGAAGGUGUCUAUAGAAGAAUACGUGAAUACACAUCGAAAGCUGCAAACAAGAAAUCCAUUUCUGAAAGGUGUCAAAUGGGUUCGCAAUUUGUUUACUAAAGUUAAUAUAUUGGAGGAAUCUUUGAAAACAGUUACUCAAAACUACAAAAAUGGACUAUUGAAGAUAUGCAAUUCCCAUCUGAGAGAAAAAAUAUCUGAAUUUGAACCACAUCGUUGCUUUUUACUUAGAAAAGACGAUAUCAAACUUUUCAGUGAUUUAGAAUGCACCAUUAGUGAUCAAAUGUUUUGUGAAGUGUUGCCAAAAAUAGAAACAAAAUUUGCGAAACAAGUUGCUGCUAUCAAAAAGGUGGAUUAUUACGAAUCCCUCCCUCUGGUGAACGGUGUCUAUUUCCAUAUCUGUAAAAGUAUGAUAGAAAUUAUGAAACGUAUCGAAAUGGAGCUCAAUGUGCAGGAUAUUCUAGAGUAUGAAAAUGAAUGGAAGAUAUAUCGGCUUAAUGACAAUCAAGUCACGUCUAAAAUCGCAAAAUGUUUAGUCAAACAACUUGAGAUGCUGGCCAGUUUCGCGAACCAUUACGAACCUGGAAAGCCCACCGUGAAACAAUGCUAUCCAUAUGAUUUUCAAAGUGACAUAUUUAAGCAAUCGAAAUUUAACAACAAUGAUUUCUUCAUAUGGUUCUGCCUAGUGGAUGCCACUGUGAUGAGCGUUUUUCAAGAAAAUACCGAAAAAAGCUCGCUCAUCUUAGAUUUGUUCUACAAAUGUGUAUCAUCGAAGCAGUCUCUAAUCAAAUCCCAAGAGUCUAUCCGCAUGGUUGCCCAUAACACGAUUGACUAUGUGGUUCAGGUUGAGCAAUCUGGCAACAAUGAUAGAGAGGUGGACAUUCUGCAAAAGCAGAUUGCUUCCAUUGGACUGGAUUUCACCAGUUCUGGCUCGACGUUCACUCGGUACCGAGAUAUUACGGAUGUUUUCAGAUACUACUGGGAGCGAAUAAACGAAGUCAUACCCAAACUGUCAACCAAACUGGAGGGGAACCAUCUGAUGCAACAAGUUGAAGAGAUCACAAACAAACUUUCAAUUAUUGCAUCACAAACACUUGACAAAAACGCACCUUCGGAUGACGUGACAAAAUUUUUCCGAAUUUAUAACGAUCUUUUUACGGACCUAGAAGAUAUGAAUUUUGAAUGGUAUGUUCGAAUUGAUGAUUCGAGCAUCAAAAGAGCAGCAAUUUCAAGUCUGAUAAUCCAAGAAGUUGACAACAGAUUAACUAAUACUGAUAAUGCAUGUUAUCAGGUCAAGAAAGGAGAGAAUGAUCGAUUUGUAAAGAUGUUCACUGCCGACAGUAUACCAAAACACUAUCAAAUAGAAGUAUUCAAAACACUGUUGGACGAAAUCAAUCGAAGUUUACAGAAACAAGAAUGGGCAAACGGUGAGAAGCUUACGAUCAGUGUUCAGAUCAAUGUUACAGGUCUCUUAAUCAAUGCCAUCCGAAGCUCUCUGCUGUACCUGAAAGAGCAACCCGAUUAUAUCGACUUUGAGACAUUCUAUGACGAAUCUGUUAAACCGUUCAGCAGUGUAAUUGAUAAAAGUGAUUCCCUCGAGAACUUCACCAAACGCGUAGAGUUGGUCAAGGAAUCAUUCUGGUACAUUCGCAACCAGACAGCCAUUGGAAUUGACAAGGCUUUGGAGUUGAGCAAAACGCAAAACUCUUUCAAUGAAAAUCUGCUUAGCACGGCAUUCAGACGAUAUAAUGAGCAGUUUAAGGAAUAUAUGACGGCUCAUAGCAAAAUAAGCGUUGAGGAUAAAAUAAAGCGAAUUGUAUUAGAUGUUCGGAGCAACGCCAAACCAAUGCUUACCUCUAAAUGGACGACAACAUUCAAACUAAGCGUUCUUCCAACCGUUCUAGCAGGAUUGGGAGCGGUGUGGUCACUCAUGGUCUCGAAUGAUGUUGCCAGUACUGGUAAGUACUUGAAACCGCAUACCAUUCAAGUUCUCAGCAUUCUUAGGCUACUGAGCGUUGAUGUGCAAACUAUUGGAAUUGACAAACAUUUGGCCCAGAUAAUGACCGGUCAAGGUAAGUCGCUGGUUCUAGCACUGAUCGCCGCUGUACUGGCAUUGUUCAAUCAUGAUGUUGUGAUUGCAUGCUACAGUAGCUAUCUAGCCGAACGAGAUGAAGAUGACUUCACAGCUUUUUUCCAAGCAUUUUCAAUCGAUUUGAAAAUAAGGUACGAACAAUUCGAUAAAAUGUUGUUAGAUGGAGUGGAAAAUCUUCACCUGCAAGCCAAUAAAUAUCUCAGCAAAUACAUGGGAGUUUCAAACAGAACUGAAAGAUCUAACGUGCUCAUCGAUUUCCAGAAGACUGUGCUUUUGUUUGAUGAAGUUGAUGUCUUCUUCUCGGAUACAUUCUAUGGAUCUUCCUUUCACCCAAUAUACACACCAUUAGUUGGCGGUCUCGGAAGAAUUCAGCAACGUAUAUGGGAGUUAGUGCAGUUGAAUGCCGAUGCAGAAGCCAUUGAAAACAAGAUUUUCUCCUUCUUGGCCACUUCCAAUAAUUCUGCUAUAAUAAAAUUAAAAAAAUUUUUGAGUCGACCGAGAAGAUAUUCCAUUUUUGAUGUGGAAAAGGAACGCGAAAUCCAAUACACAAAUAAAGAACUGUUCAAUGAGCAUCUGGAGCAAAUGAUACACACAGCCAUAGACAUUCAUCACCUUCCAUUUGCCGAUGAUUGGUUUCGUGACUUUAGACUGGAUUCCAAUGGAAAUAUUACGGUGAAGGAUAAGUGUGGAAUAUAUUCGUCAACUUUGUAUCGCGACUAUUACAACACAUUCGCGUAUUUCAAAUUGCGAAAAAGAAACUUUAUCCAAACUGCGAAUGGUACGGACAACUUCGGGUAUCUAUGCAUUACUUUUGCUUCAUUUUCGUACGCCAAAUUCCCGGAAAGGUAUCCUCUAAUAUUAGGCGUCACAGGAACACUUGAUGGAAUGAGUGAGUACGAGAAGGAUGCCAUCGAAAACCAUUACAACAUUCGGCGCAGCUCCAUCAUGCCUUCUUUCUUCGGCAACUCCAACCUUAAAUUUAAUCAACAGGAAGACUUCCAAUAUCACAGAACCGUGGACUUUUGGAUGAAAGCCAUAUUUUCCAGAGUUAACGCAAUCAUCAGCGCCGAUCGUUCCGUGAUCGUAUUUUUUGAAAACGAUUUCGGAAUCGCUGAAUUCAAACAGCUCUACCAAUCGCAGCUGGAUCGGCUGCACGAAAUUACCAUCAAUACAGAUGCCGACACACGAGAUCGCUACAUCGCCGAGGCGGGCCUGAGCCGAACAAUUACUUUGGCAUCACGCGAGAUGGGCCGGGGAGUCGACUACAAGUCCUCCUUGGCCGUGGAGAAAAACGGCGGGAUCCACGUCAUCCAGACGUUCUUCUCCCUGGACAAUAAAGAGGAAACACAAAUCAGGGGUCGCACGGCUCGGAAGGACAAUCGCGGGUCCUAUGAAUUAAUCGUUUGCCGUCAUGAUCUCGUGCGAAUGGAACUGGAGUACAGUCAAUUUAAUGAUGAAAUCAAUUAUGAAGCACUACAAAAAAAUAGACAAUAUUUAAUAGUCAGAAAAAGCUGGAAAAAGAUGAAGCAACUGGACAACGCCAAUGCAAAGCACCAAAUAUCGGUUCAAUUCUGGCGAAGCAAAAAAUGAUUUUGGCAAAACCGCUCCCAUGAGUCAAGGAAUCGCAAAUUUAUCCACCCGACCUAGACAAAUUUGGUUUGCUAUAUUUGCAGAGAAUAACCGAGAUGCUCUAAAAAAAAAUCUGUUUAAAUGGAAAUGAGUUAACGUUUCCUUUGUCACCAACUCACGUACGGACUGACCGAUUUGCAAUCGUUUUAAUUUGUUUGAUUUGUUUUGGGCCACACAGUUUUUAGGUAUUACAUAUCGAAAAGGACAGGCAUUUUUUCCUGGGAUAGUUUGAAAACACGACAAAGCAGAAAAUCGAUAAGUUGGAAAGAAACCAAGAAGGAUCGUACGUAGAUCGAUCUUAUAAGCGGCACGACGUUGCCUAACUUUGUAAUCGCAAAACAAAAAAUAUGUGCCAAAUUGUGCAGGGCAUGAUCCGAUGGAAUUAGUAAUAAUAACCCUAAUGGCACCCACAAUAAAAAGAAAUCUGAACAUAUAAUCAUAUAGAAAUACAUUCAAAAAUAUAUGACGCAUAGUACAGUUCAAUGUAAAUGAAGUAUGAAUUGAGUUAUAAAGAACAACCCGCAUAAUUAAAAACCAUCUGCAGUACAGUUUUUAUUAUUCACAUAACAUAUGUAAUAUUGUUACUAUCAAUAUCACUGUCAGUUUAAAGUUCAGGUGGGGGACAAAAGGUCGAAAGGACAAAAGGUCGAAAGGAUGAAAAGUCGAAGGUGAAAAGGUCGAAGGACAAGAAGGUAGAAAAAAUGACAGGAGGUUGAAGGAAAAAAAAGUUGGAAGAAAUAACUGGGUCAAAUGGUCGAAAGGACAAAAGAUCAAAAUGACAGUAGCUCGAAACUCGAAAGAAAGCCAUAUGAUUAAAAUAAGGAAAAAAACAACAAUAAAAUUGAUUCAUGUGAAACAUAAAUAAAUACAAAUUUGCUAAACCCGAACGAAAACUCGACUAAAAAAAGGAAAAAUUCAAGAAUGAAAAUCAAGUUAAACACAAAUAAAUAUAAAUGUGCAAAACAAUGGUCGAUUAAUA